CCACAUAACACCGAUACACACGAACUUCACCGACGCGAAAGAUCAAGAGCAAAGAAAUUCCUUUCUCUUUUCUUCCUCUUCCUCUGUUCUUGCGCUACUCGAUCGAUCUCCUCGAUUCUUCCCUCUUCUCUUUAUGUUGAUCGUCGCGGCCCCGAGCUCUCCGAUCGCAGGAGUAAAUUCGCCCAGCUUCUCGAGCAAACUCGCCAAAUCCUCUCCAGUCCGCAGCCCCCCAGUCCGCCCCCGCUCGAUCCAAGUGUCCGCGGCGGCGUCGCAGUGCAUGGAUUCGCCAGUGGCGACGCGAUUCUCCGCCCAGCAGAGCCUGUACGACGUUCUCGGCGUCGCCCAGCAAUCGGACGUGAAGGACAUUCGCAGCGCCUACCGGCAUCUGGCCAGGAUCACACACCCGGACGUGGCGGCGACCGAGAACAAGGAGGAAUCCACCAAGGAGUUUCUGAAAAUCCACGCAGCCUACACCACUCUCUGCGACCCGGAGCGCCGCGCCAGGUAUGAUCUCCAGCUCUCGCUGCAAUCCCUGCCGCGAUUCGGCAGCCCACGGGGAUUCUCGGGAAUUGGGUACGACAGCUACUCGUUCAUGGCGCCAUCGCCCAUGAGGGCCUCGCCAUCGCCAUCGCCAUCGCCAUCCACGCAGUGGAAGACGAGUAGGAGCUGGGAGACCGACCAGUGCUGGUGAGCGAGAGAAGGAAGAACACAAGAACAAAAAUUUGGGGCUUUUUCGCCUCGCAGAUCAGAUCAAGGGGGUCUCAGCGAGCACUCAGGAAUCGAUCAAUCGAGAUGUCAUUCGAUUGCAGGCGAUGUCAAGCGAUUUCCCUGGCAAGAUCUCUGCGACCCCGAGAAAUUUCUUCUCGCAUACUUUUGUAAAUAGAGAAACGUCUGUAUCAAAAGGACGAGUUGCUUUGCAACUCGCAGAGUUUCGUGGCUCUCCAAAGAGCGCUUUUUUCGCAAUUCGAAGCUUCCCCUUGUC